AGUGGUUACAUAGUAAACAAAAACACGCGAUGGGGUCCAGUGCCACCAAAGAAACAGGUCACGAUAGCGACCCAGUAUCACCAAUAGUGUUGACUAAAAUUAAUUUAAACAGAAAGGAACAAUUAGAUUGGUUUAAUUUUAUUGUUGGUAGCAGUGAGGAUGAUCUUUUUCAACAUAUUAGGGAAAAUCCUUCUAUGAUAACAGCUUUGAUGUACUUUGAUUCUUUUAAUCAGUGUAGCUGUCACAACUUGGAGCAGUGUCGGCUUUCGGGAACUGGUAACAAUAAACUAGAAAUUCUUCGUAAAUGUAUAUUGUAUGGCUUGUGUCCUCAUAUUCUCAUGCUGCGACAUGGUAUUAGUGAAAAAGACCCAAUGUUUUAUACAGAUAAUUUAUAUGAUAGACUCUAUUCAAUGGAAAAUUUUGACAUAUCUGAACGGAAAAAUCCAAAUCAUUGUGGAGUGUACUGGAUUCAUGUGGCAAUAAUCGCAGAAAGGUAUAAAAUCGUACGGAGUCUACUCCCUAUACUGUCUAAUUAUAAGACAAACACCUUUAUAUUUCUUUCUUUAUGGAACAAGUUCUCUCCAUUGUAUUUAGCAGUUGUUCAUACUAACCUUGAUAUAGUAAAGCAAUUACUACAUUAUUAUCCUGAUUUUGUGAAUGAUACAUGUCAGUUUGAGACUCGUUGGGACGUGGAACACCAGAAGAAAGUCACUAAAGCUACACAUAUUACUCAAGUGGCAAUAUGGCAUGAUUUUCCUAAGGCACUGGAAUGCAUGUGGCCAAAUUUCAAUAUGACAUGUUGCAGAACAAGAAAACAUCUAAAAGAUUCUCUCAGAUUCGCGAUAGAGCAUAAAAAGACAGCAAGCAAAGAUUAUAUAAUGUCUAAAGGUGUAGUUCUUUCGGAAGGUUAG